CCAAAUUAGAUGUUUUUGUUCGACGACAAGAAACUUCACUCUUUAUUCAAUUGGAAACCAUAUCCACUUAGAGCACCCAAGUUCGCACUUCUUCCCAAUGGCAGCCUCCCGCUUCGGCACUUCCCUUGCCCCACCUCCUCUUACCGGAAGUACAGCCGCUUUGCCGGCGACAAGCUCAACCAUACACUUUCCGUCCUCAUCGUGGCGUCUCUUUGUACAAUUUAACUGCGCCAAUUCGUCGCCCCGGUCCCAUUCUCCUACUCCCGAAGCUCUAAUUUCGUCUUCCUCGGUGCGACCUCAGACAACGGGUAGGUCUCGGGCGAUUUUGAAUGAGGAAUCUGUUGUAACGGAGGAGAUCAGCGGUGGCUUCUCUGGAAGUAGACUGAAAAAGGAAAUCCGGCCGUGUGAGUUAUACGUCUGUAACCUCCCGAGGAGGUGCGAUAUUCCGCAACUCGUCGAAAUUUUCAAACCCUACGGGACAGUUGUCUCCGUCGAGGUUUCCAAGAACCCUGAAACUGGGGUGAGUCGGGGUUGUGGUUAUGUGACAAUGGGUUCCCAAAGUUCCGCCCGAAAAGCAAUGUGUUCGUUGGAUGGCUCCGACAUUGAAGGAAGGGAAAUGCGAGUUAGGUUUUCAGUCGACAUGACUUCCGGUAGGAGACUAGAGAGAAAUGAGGAGGUCAUGAGUGCAUCGCCCUCGAAAACCCUAAUCUAUGAGAGCCCAUACAAGUUGUACGUGGGCAAUCUAGCCUGGACAAUAAGACCAGAGGAGUUGAGGAAAAAAUUUAGUGAGUUUGGGAAUGUGGUCAGUGCAAGAGUGUUGUAUGACCGUAAGGGAGGGAAAAAUCGUGCUUAUGGGUUUAUAUCCUUCUCCACUUCAGCAGAACGUGAGGCUUCACUGUGUUUGCACGGACUUUCAUGGUCGGGUGUUAGUUGUUAGAAAAGGUGUUGACAGACAGGACCUGUGAGCCAGGAUUUUUGUUGACAGCCAGGAGACGUCACGAUCAGUAGUUGUUGUUUCAUUAAGGAGCCAUGAUUGAAGAAUGCAGAUCCCUAUCAGUAAUGCUACCCGUGACAAUGAAUUGCUGGUUUCGUUUCACAGUAUCCAACCAAGCUCUUCUGAGGUCGAACCCCUUUCAAACAGUUUUGUGUAAGUGAAUCAUUAUCUCUAGUUCAGUUGUCGACUCCCGAGCAUUUAUCUACAGAUACUAUUGUUACGGGAAGCUUGCUGGUUGACUCAUUUAGGGCUGGGAAACGGUGCGCACUGGUCCAAACCAGACCGUAUAUACGGUUUAUGGUUCAGUUCGAGAGGUUAAAGUAUAGACCACAGACCAGACCACAGACUUUACGAUCCGGUCCAGACCACGCCUGUGCGGUUUGGUUUGGUCUGGUCCAAAUAGACCACACUCAACAAAAAAUGAAUAAUUUGUUUAGUCAACCACACAAAAUUUGAACCAAUAACCAAGAAAAAUAAUUGUUAUUUGCUUAAAACAUUAAUCCUAACAUGCAUGAAUAAUUUUGAUACCCUAAAUCUUAGUACAUAACAAAGACGCAAAGUAAAAGAAUCACAACUUGUACCAUAACAUCAUAAACAUUAAUAUAAUGUGAUAUGGAGACCCGAUUAUCUCUACUCUCUAGUUAAAUGUGGUUGUGAAUGAAGGAGGGACGAGAUUCACAAAACUAAGGUUGAGACUUGGCUGUCGUUGUGGGAGUUGGGAGAGUGGUCGGAUGUGCCGUUAACACGUAUUGACAAGUCGGUUGGAUCCACGGUUUGGUCUGGUAAACCGCGGUCUAGACUAGACCAGACCAAAAAAUCAAAACAUAAAAUAAUACAGACCAUGAACCAGACCAGAUCAUACUUAACGAUCUAUAUUCCAGAUCAAAUUGUGCUGUAUGAUUUGAACCAUGAUUUUUCUAACGAUCUGAUCUGUUUUCCUACCCCUACACUCAUUGCGUCUUCGAUUGUUCUAGCCUACAAAUCGUGCGUGGUAUAGUGAUUGUACUUCCAUUUUGUCCAUAGACAUAAUGAAUUAGAUUCUUAUCUUCCUAAACAAACAAAUAGCCAUAAUAUACUAAAUGACAGGUUCAGAACCUUAAGCUAAGAUGUUUUUAAACUAAUUUGAGACCUAAAAUUAAUAGUUGAGCACUUCAAUUAUGUUUCAAAGUACAACUUGAAUUUAUACUAUAACGUUAAAUGUACAAAUUGAAAUUGUAUUAUAAGAGAAUUUGUAUCUUUAUGUUAUGAUACAAUUUAAAAGGUAAAUUGCAAGUUGGUCACUGGACUUGCUAAAAAAUUUCACAUAUACCACUAAAAAUAUUUUAUUCCAUUUGUGGUCACUAAGAUUAGUUCAAUAAUUCAAAUUUGGUCACUGACCGUCCAAUUCGUUAAUUUUACCUGAUGUGGCAAUCAACCUUUAUAGUUUACCUUUAAAUUGUGAUGUUAGACCUAAAAAUUAAUAAAUAAAUAAAUAAAUAAAUAAAUAAAAUUUCAAUAUUAUU